UUUGGAAUCGUCAAAUUUAUUAUCUCUUCAAUAAUUGAACAUGUUUCGCAUAAUUUUGUUUUUGUUUUUGACAUAAAAAAAAAAGAGGUUUCUGUUUUAAUUAGUUCUAAUAAAGCCCAUGCCAUAACUCAAUUCUGGAGAUUUAUAAAGAAAGGACUACGAACUUGAACUAUUUUUUAUUUUAUAUACAAAUAUAUUAUUUUUUUUUUUACAUUUAAUAUAAUGCAAAAAAAGAAAAUGUCAGUUAGAGAUUGGUCAUUUUCGUCACCCGUUUUAAAUAACACACAAAAUAGUGAACUGCCCCCAAGUCCUUUCUCAAGAAUAGAUAGCUUUGAUCAUCAACAAAAAUUAGAAAAAGAUUUUUGCAAGGACUUUCUUUGUUGUGGUUUAUGUCUGGAUAAUUUACACGAAUUGCUUGAACAUUAUGAAGGCCAUCACCUUCCACGAAAUAACAAUACAAAUACUACUGAGAUAGUUGAAGAAGGUAAAGAGGCAGUAGUGCCUAUCCAUCAAGGUCUUUUAAAUACCUCCUUUUCUUCAUUAUUACCUUUACCACUUAAACAACGCUCAACGAUUGCUGGUUUAAAUAUGUUGGAAAAUACGAAUAAGCAUAAUAGUUCGUUAGAUCUAAAAAACGAGCUAACGACAACGUUAAAUUCUUUGGCUGAUAUCGUUCAUAGUCCAUCCUCUAGUCUAAAAUUAAAUAAUAAUAAUGUUAGUGAUGAUGACGACAUAAGUAUGUCCUUACUUGCCGACAAUUCAACACUAAGUCAACAAUCAAAUUCACCUCUAAGUGAAUUAUCUGUCUUUGAAGAUACGACUGAUAGACCUUAUCGUUGUCAUAUUGAAAAUUGUGACAAGGCUUACAAGAAUGCAAAUGGGCUCAAAUAUCAUCGUAUACAUGGUCAUUGUCAAUCCUCUGAUAGUAAUGAUCUUUUAGGGAAGCCUUUUAUUUGUUUUGUAAGCAGUUGCAGAAAAGGAUAUAAAAAUUUAAACGGUCUUAAAUAUCAUAUGGAACACGCACAUAUGAUGAAAGUCGCUAACUUGACUUCUGACUUAUUUUUGGGGAACAAUAGAUCACCACAAGGUACUAAAAGGAGAACUACUUGAUUAUUAUGUAAUCCAGUCAUAUAUAUACGUAUGCAUAUAUCUAUAUAAAUAUAUCUGUAUAUAUAAAGCCUUGUAUAUAAUAAACAUAACUAUUUCAUUAUAAAUGAAAAACAAAAACAAACGCUAUUGGUUGACCAACAAUCCUAUUCUCUCAACUGCUACCCAGCAUAAAGCCUUUCUUACUAUUACUACGGUAUAUAACUCGAAUAGUGUUUAUUUUUAAUAUAAUCAACGUGUUGAUUUCCUUUAUCAUGGUGACUAUCCA